CGGCACGGUUGGUUUUGGCGCGCUAGGACCCAGACGCGUGAAAGCGCAGCGCUUGGCCGCGGGCAGCAGCACUGGCGGCAGCGGGACUCGGAUCGCUUCCCCUGAUUCCAAGCUUAACUUCCCGAGCUGCUGACGUCACUUGGCAGCCUGGGCUGUACUCGCCGCUCCAUACAUAGCGCCGAGAAAAAUGCUGCUCUCCGUACCGCCAAGGACAGGAAUCAAUCCAUACAACGGCUAUAACAGCAGAAACGGCAAAAAGCAGGCCUAUGUGUCCUCCGGCCACCAGAUGGCACCCCCCAGUCCUAACACCAACAGCAACAACAGUGGCGGGGGAGGGGAACAACUGAGUAAAACUAACCUGUACAUCCGCGGUCUUCACCCCGGGACCACAGACCAGGACCUGGUCAAGCUAUGCCAGCCAUAUGGGAAGAUUGUGUCCACGAAGGCAAUCCUGGACAAAACCACCAACAAGUGCAAAGGCUAUGGCUUCGUGGACUUCGACAGUCCGGCAGCGGCCCAGAAAGCGGUGAGCGCCCUGAAGUCCAGUGGGGUCCAGGCUCAGAUGGCCAAGCAACAGGAGCAGGACCCCACCAACCUGUACAUCUCCAACCUGCCUGUGUCCAUGGAUGAGCAGGAGCUGGAGAGCAUGCUCAAGUCCUUUGGCCAAGUCAUCUCCACACGCAUCCUCCGCGACGCCAUGGGGACCAGCCGUGGCGUGGGUUUCGCCAGGAUGGAGUCCACAGAAAAGUGCGAAGCCAUUAUUCAACAUUUUAAUGGGAAAUUUAUUAAGACUCCACCAGGAGUUCCAGUGCCCCCGGAACCAUUAUUGUGCAAGUUUGCAGACGGGGGACAGAAAAAGAGGCAGAAUCAGGGGAAGUACCUUCAGAAUGGCAGGCCCUGGGCAAGGGAUGGAGAGACGGGAGGGAUGACGUUAGCAUAUGACCCUACAGCCUUACAGAAUGGGUUCUAUUCGUCACCCUACAGUCUGACCCCAAACCGGAUGAUCGCCCAAACGUCCCUCUCUCCCUACAUGCAUUCACCAGUCUCAUCUUACCAGCUACAUAGCCCCUCCUGGAUGCACCACCAGUCGUACCUCAUGCAGCCUGCAGGCACAGUCCUGACUCCAACCAUGGACCAUGCCAUGUCUAUCCAGCCCACCUCCAUGAUGGGCCCCAUGACCCAGCAGCUCAGCCACCUAUCCCUGGGCAGCACAGGCACGUAUAUGCCUGCCAACACUAUGCAGGGGACAUACAUCCCCCAGUACCAACCAGUGCCUCCCUCCAGUGUCCCUGUAGAGGAGAACGGAGGACAACAGCAACAGGUUGCUAUGGAGACACCUGCAGAACACACAAACUACUCCUACCAGCACACCAAGUGAAGCUAAGCUCGGGGUCAGGAGGCCAUCUUGCUGACUGAACCACAGAGGGUUGGUUCUCUACAAGAAGAUAACAGAGCUCAGUUAGCACCAGACUUGAACACCGUUGACAAAAGGAAUACGUGUGUGCUUUGAAAAAGAAGUUGACAUGCUUAUUUUGUCUGGACUUUUCCUCUCUCUUCUUCAAGAGUCAAUCAGCCAAAGGUGGGAGCCUUCUGCAAUGGAAGCUUUGAUCUCUUUUGAUAAUUGAAAAAAUAAACAAAGUUGAACAAAGAAACAAAUUUGGAAAGGGGGAAAUGACACAGAACGUUAUUUUUGUGCACGUAAAUUAACAAAUUCUUAUUUUUAAAAAGCAUUCUGGAGUUUCAGAGUGGUAAAAGGAAAAUAAUUACAACACAAUGUGUCUUUUAUUUUUUGGUAAAAUAUGCAAACUUUAAUUUUAUUUUUUUUAUGUUAUUUUUGGACAUUCUAUUCACAGCAGUUUGACAAUAUUUUGUACAUAAAAAAAUAUACUAAUACACAUUUAGUUGGUUUAAUGUUUUAGUGUAGGAUACUUUUAAGUACGGAAAAUGCUAAAUAAACCGUUUAAAGCUACUUCUCCCUAAAACUAAUCCAGUAAGGCAAAGUUCAGUUAACUCACUGGCAGAUGGUAACAAUUAUUUAUAGAUGAUUUAAAAUGAAGUCAAACUUAAACCUUAUAAAGCAUUCACUCAUAAACACUCAGAAUUUGUUAUGAGCAGAGGACAAUCAUGAUCAUUCUUAUUUAUAUGUACAUCAUAGUUCUAUUUUUAGAUAUUUAGUAAUAUUCAAACAUGUCACUUGCUUUUGUGUAAAUUUUAUUUAAUAAAAUUCUUUAUUUAACAAAUCUGGUAAAUGCCAAACACUGGCAAUAAACAUGAUACCACUUAGAAAAUAAUUAAUACAUGUUAAAUAGGAGCUAAAUUAUUUUAAAAAGUAAGCACAUUUGAUAUUGCUGUAAAACUUUCUUAUGAGAAGAAAAUUAACAAUUGCUUUUUUUUAGGGUAUCAUGUAAUAUGAUGCAUCCAAAUGUCACCUUCUGUCUCAAAAAACUUGAGACAAAAUGAAUUGUUAUAAUAUUAUUCAACAUUUAAUAAAUGAAUUACUAUACUAUACAAUCUUAUAAGGUAAAGUAAUACCGUGCAUAAAAUGCAAACUCUUUUGACAUUAUUACUUACAUUUAUUCACUGACAUUUUUAUUGGAUUCAUAGAUCGUAUAAUAAAUAUUGUACAAAAUAAUUAUUAUACAAAAUACUUGACUUGGUUUGUGCUUGAGUCCAUGUCACACCAGUGUCCAUAAGAAGUGGUUUUAAGCGGUUUUGUUCUGGUAGUUGUUCAGAUGUCUAUAGGGAAUUUCACCUUCUGUACAAAGUAGACAGACAAAUAAGUGGACAUGCCUUAGUUUUGAGCAGUUGGGUUACUAUGAAAUAUGUGUGCAAAAUAGCUCAAACAAAUCAAUUAAAAAGCAAAGCAAUGAGGGGAGAAGUAGGACUAAGAGUCCUUAAGAGUCCUUUGUUGUUGAGAAAGGGAGCUGCAAGUCUUUCUCAAUGCUGCUGUUGUCUCCUGAGUUUUAAUUCCUGACUGUCAAUGAAUUUGAUAAAACAAUUUGUAGAAAGAAGUAAAGUAUGUUCUCUCUUUUUGGGCGUUCACGUGAACCCUUCUGAGCUGUCAUGCCUUUUGGUUUCUUUCUUGUUGAUUUUGUUGUUUAUAAAACGUGUUUUUGAUGUAUUUUAUUUUCAAAAGAAUUUAGAUUUUAGCCGUAGGGAAAAAGUUUAGAUUUUAGAUUUUUUUUUAUUUUAUAAGAGAUUCAUAGGAUUUUUUUUAUCGUGUUGAGUUUGUGCGUUUGCACAUGGUCCAUGCAAACUAAGAGAUGAUUUUAUGUUUUUUAUGUUUCUUCACGUUCAUUUCCGUUCCAGAGCACUGUGUUGUUCAGUAUGAUAUUGUUUCUCAGGCCUGCGUGAAAUAGGCUUUAACUGAAACACGUCCAUGUCUAUCCUAGAGACACUCAAUGAAACUCAAUGGCAACCUGGCCCUCCAGCUCAGAUCAGUCCAGUGGAGAUGUACAUCUAGUCUAGUGGAAACACAUUCUAUUGUAUCUGUCACAGAAAAUGAGGCUGUGUUCCAGAAAACACCUAACAUAAUAUGAAAGUGCUGGUAAAAAAGUGUCCCAUAACAAACUGUUCCACAGAAGUUAACUAAACCUUGGAUGAAUUGUUUCUUGUUUCAACAAAGACAAAAAUGCGUAAACUUGGCGGAUUUGGUUAGAAAUUCCGACCAAAGUAUGUCUAAGCCUAAACCGUAACCAGGCAGAUUAGCCCUAUUUAAGAAGGGGAAGCCUCUCUCCUCAUUGAAGGCUAUUCAGUUUCAGUUACAGUUGAGGGUAUGGCAAAGAAAAUAUCAUACAGAUGCAAUCAAUAUCAGAUGUUAUAUUGACGUAAUAUUAAAAAGGGCUGAGUUUAACCAUGCCUUGUUAAAAUGUAGUGUUACCCUAGUAAACAUUCUCCCAUCUUGGGUUUUUGCCAUUUUUCAGUAUUAAUGACAUCAUAUAUACUGUUUCUUCUUCCUUGUCUAUCUCUAUACCUCGGUCCUCGCCCUACAAAACAUUGUUCAUUAUUAUUUAUGUCUGCAACACCAAAGAUGAUGAAGCCAUCCACCUGUCAGCAAAGCUGUCUGUCAGAGUAUCUGUCUUGGAGAACAUGCCUCUCUCAUCCAUAUUGGCAUACAAAGCUAAAGUCAUGCUAUAGUAACAUCUUGGCAAAGUGGCAGUUCCCUGGUAAGUGGUGAACAAGCAAUAUGUUUCCUUUAGGUUCUGAAUGAAUGUAUUGCUGAAUAGAGAUCCAUAGAUGUGUGCUUCAUUUAUCGACAUAUGCUUGUUUCGGUUUGGUACAUCCAGCUGAAGACCAGUAUAUGGUACUGUAUCUUUAACACAGAGAACAGGGCAAUGGGUCUACUUAGCUUUUUUAGUGUUGAUGAUGAGAGCUCAGCAUUUAUCUAUCUUUCUGUAAAUAUUAGGACUAUUUUCUGCUCUUUUUUUUGGUUGAACUCAAGUCAAGACCAUUGUUUGUUCCUGUUUCCACCUUUUGUUGAUGUGAGUGUUUUGUUGAUGUCUUGUGAUCUGUCCAGAUAAUACAAAAGUGAAUACUUACACGUUUUCAGAUCCAGUGCACCUCAUGAAGGAAAAUGUCAUGGUUUUAUUUUCUAUUGUAAUAAACUGAUAGUCCAUGUAUCAGCCAUCACUUUAAAUACAAAAAAAUGUGGUUUUGAAACUAUGAAAUGACCAGUUGUUACACUGCAGUCUUGUUCAUUGAAUCAGAUUUUCAGAUUUGACAACUUGCUUAUUGCUGUUUUUUGGGGGGAGCAAAUCAUUAUAUGACACUCAAUUCCUUGUGAGAAUGUAGUAUUAGUCAGGUAAUCCAUUGUGUUAUGAUGAAUGGUGUUAAAGGGAUCCAAAAUCUAUUGUUUGUCAGUCGUCUUCAGACCUCAAAAGCUGUAUAAUGUCCGUCUGUUCUGUAGAUCUCAAUUUCAAUUUUGGAGUGAACUGUCACUUUAAGUUACAACUAACUACAAUUACCUGUAAAUCAUUGUCUGAGGGAGCACAUUUGAGGCUAUUGUAUGUUUCCCUGAUGUGUACCUUUGACAGGUAUCUUAUAAUACCAAGGAAAAUGAGCAAAAACAAGAUGUGAAGCAGAGGUUUCACUUGCACUUAUUUUCAAACCAUGCUUAUGUAAAGGAAAACCCUAAUACCUAGCAUUAUCCUGUCCUCGCUUGUUGUCCAGAUCAUGUAGCUUCAAUGGCUUAUUUCAUAGUUUCAAAAUGUUUUGCUGCUAAAACGGGAUGUCCGAGCAGUGGAUAGAUGGGAGCCACACUGGUUGUUUAAAAAUGUCUUACUUUAACCUAGAAUAUCAAUAGUAGAUCAGAUUAAAGUAUAGUUAACAUUCACAAAUUAUAAAAUUACAUUUGAGACACAUUUUGUGAAAGUAGUUCUCUUUCAGUCAUUUUGUAAUCUCUUGGGUAAUUCGGCAAAAAUCGGACAUUUUGAACAUACAACUGUCUCAUCUCUCUCACUGCUUGUAAAUCUUUUCCUUAUUUAUACAAGAACUCAUUUUGUACAGUUUAUUAGAGGAGAGAGGUUUUGAUAUUUGGUUAGUUUGUUAGUUAGCUGGCUAGCCACUCGGUUACUUUCGUCUUCCUGUGCCAGAGUUGCUCAAGUCUCUGUAACCCUUGUUUUUUAUUCCUAAAAAAAUAUAAAAUUAUUUCUUUGUUUUACUCUUAGAAUUUUAAUAUGUCAAUGUUCUUUUUUAAUUAAAAAAAAUGUUUUUUAA